AGAGACCGCCCUGGGCCGCCUGGGCAGCUUCGCCGCCGCUCACCGGCUCAGCACGGCCGCCARGAACGGCUAACGCGUCCCAGGUGAUGGUGUAGCAGCGGCUGCUGCCAGCAGCAGCAUCCCGAGCACACGAAGCUGGCUCCCUGCGCCAUGGUCACCCACAGCAAGUUCCCCGCCGCCGGGAUGAGCCGCCCCCUCGACACCAGCCUGCGCCUCAAGACGUUCAGCUCCAAGAGCGAGUACCAGCUGGUGGUGAACACCGUGCGCAAGCUGCAGGAGAGCGGCUUCUACUGGAGCACGGUGACAGGUGGCGAGGCCAACCUGCUGCUGAGCACCGAGCCAGCUGGCACGUUCCUCAUCAGGGACAGCUCGGACCAGCGGCACUUCUUCACCCUCAGCGUGAAGACAGAGUCGGGCACCAAGAAUCUGCGCAUCCAGUGUGAGGGUGGCAGCUUCUCCCUGCAGAGUGACCCCCACAGCAGCCAGCCCGUGCCCCGUUUUGACUGCGUGCUCAAGCUGGUCCAUCACUACAUGCCGCCCACACCCUGCGCCGUCCCCGAGCAGCCGGGGGGGGCCCUGCACCCCAAACGCACCUACUAUAUCUACUCAGGUGGCGAGAAGAUCCCCCUGGUGCUGAGCCGCCCGCUCUCCUCCAGCGUCUCCAGCCUGCAGCACCUCUGCCGCAARACCGUCAACGGGCACCUGGACUCGUACGAGAAAAUGACUCAGCUGCCGGCACCCAUCAAGGAGUUCCUGGACCAGUAUGAUGCCCCCCUUUAAGGGGCCAGCGGAGCAAGGUCACAUGCGACAAGCACAAGAACAGGGGACAGUGACAGUGCCCCACCAGCACAGGAGCUGGCAGGGCACACCGAGCCUUUCCAUCCGGGGAGAGGAGAGGGGGAGCUGGGGCAAUCUGCCGUGGGCCAGCUGGGAUCUCUUGGUGCUGGGGGCUCUCCCCGAGCAGGCACGACACCUCCUCUCCGUGGGGAAAAAUGUGGCUCCGAGUGGACUGUGGAUGUUACAGUGAGCCCAUGGCAAAGCCUGCACGGGCUUGGGCAGCCAGGACAGCUCUCACAGCGUGGGGAAUGCACCCCGGCAGCUCCAUUUGGGAGUGCCCUGGCAAGAGCCCCUUCCACCCCCAAAAUGGAAAGCACUGGAGCCCAGGAGUGCCUGAUCACUUUUCCUCCGUUUUAAGGGGAAGGUGUUUUUUGCCCAUGCUCUACUUUACCUCUUGCUGCCUCCUUGUGGGUGGAAGCUCCUUUCACACCAAGCCCCAGACAAAGAGGGCGAUGCCUUUGUCCCCUCCCUGUCAUUUUCAAGGGGACUCAGCCUUAAUAUCUCCCUGCCCCRCGGUCUGGGUUGGCGCACAUCAAUUGGAGCUGUGCAGUGAUGGUCCUGCUGAUGUGCUGUGAAGCUGGAGGGGAAGCGUCGCGUCCUGAUGCUGCUGUUGAGUCCCACACAACCGCGAAUGCGAGGAGCACCCGGGGACCCCGGGCCCGAAUUCCUGAGAUCACACCCCGCCUCUACCCAGCCAUUCCCACAGCCCCUGGCUGUGCUGCUCCGCAGGCACCGAUCCCUGCAGGAACRCAGCGGGAGGAUCCCCUGGAGCGUGUCAUCUCGUGAGUGCUUUUCUGCGUCUGCCCAGAGAAGUGGUUGGGUUUUCUGACUUUUUAAAAUUUUUAUUCUUAUUUUUUUAACCGAAGGGAUGUUUACAGGCCAACGUGAAUCACUGUCUUUUAUAAAGAUUCCAUCUUCACCUCCAGCCUUGAAGGCUGAGCAAAACGAUGCUUGAAAAUUCAACCAAAACCAAACUCAGAUGAAACUUUGCACAUAUUUAUAUUUAUAUUCAGAAAGAAAAUGUUUCCAUAAUUUAUAAUAAAGAGCACUAUUUUUUAAUGAAAACCA